GGAGGGGGCAGUGGUAUGUAAUAAUCCCCUCCACCCCAUCCCUCCACAUUCACCCCCCACCUCUCCACCCUACAGAUUUUAGUUAGACAAAGCAUUUGGCAAUACUGACUCUCUACAUCGCUUUUGUUCAGAUUUUGUAUUUUGAUUUAUUGCCUCUCUGUGUAAUUUUAGUGGGAAGACUGUUUACUUCAAUUAAGGAUCAUUUUUUAGUUCAUCUCAGAAAAUGGGGAUUGACUCUGGAGUCAAUAUUUCAGAUGAUGCUGAACUUUACGGGGGGAAAAGUGCCUUUACCCAACUGGAGCACAACAUAGUGGCUGGAUACCUUAUUACUGCAGGUGUCGUAAGUUUAGCAAGCAACAUUGUGGUGCUGCUAAUGUUUGUGAAGUUUAAGGAGCUGCGCACUGCCACCAACUUCAUUAUAAUCAACUUGGCUCUUACCGACAUCGGAGUGGCCGGUAUCGGCUAUCCCAUGUCAGCUGCCUCAGACAUCCACGGCAGCUGGAAAUUUGGCUACACUGGUUGUCAGGUCUAUGCAGCUCUCAACAUCUUCUUUGGCAUGGCCAGUAUCGGCCUGCUGACUGUGGUGGCCAUCGACCGAUACCUCACCAUCUGCAGACCUGACAUAGGGCAGAAAAUGACGAUGCAAUCGUACAACCUCCUUAUUCUGGCAGCGUGGCUGAAUGCUGUGUUCUGGUCCUCCAUGCCUGUAAUGGGCUGGGCUGCUUACGCCCCGGACCCCACCGGAGCUACAUGCACCAUCAACUGGAGACAGAAUGACGCCUCCUUCAUCUCUUACACUAUGGCUGUGAUCGCUGUCAACUUUGUGAUGCCGCUGUCGGCCAUGUUUUACUGCUACUACAACGUGUCAGUCACUAUGAGGAGACACAAAGCAAGCAACUGCCUGGACAGCGUCAACAUCGACUGGUCAGACCAGAUGGACGUCACCAAGAUGUCCGUAGUAAUGAUCGUCAUGUUCCUGGUGGCCUGGUCUCCGUACUCCAUUGUGUGUCUCUGGGCGUCAUUCGGCGACCCCAAGACCAUCCCUGCCCCCAUGGCUAUCAUCGCUCCACUCUUCGCCAAGUCCUCCACCUUCUACAACCCCUGCAUUUAUGUUAUCGCUAACAAGAAGUUCAGAAGAGCCAUCAUAGGGAUGAUCCGAUGUCAAACCAGGCAGCGAAUCACCAUCAAUACCCAGGUUGCCAUGACAACCUCCCAACAACCUCUGACCCAGUGAGGUCAAAUUGCCUCUACGUAUAACCCAUUUUAUUAAUAUGCCCUGGCAUUAUAUAGAAGAUUGCUAUGAUGACAUAACAUGAAUCACUGUCUAUUAAUAUUCUAGCUAUUGUUCUGUUUAAUAAUCUAAUGCACUGUGGUGUUUACUGUGUACAUUCCACUUGCUGUGACAUUAGUCAUUGUUUGUG